UUCCGUUUCCGCGUCGUGCUCCAUAUAAAUUCGCGGGCCCAAAUCGAGGAUUAUUUUGGAGACGACCCGGAGAGCGCAUGAAGGAGUGGGAUAGAUAUAUUCUGAGGACACAGUAUGAACGGGGAACACGUUCAUGUGAAGCCGGAGGACGUGGAAGUGGCUAUUGACACAGACGAAGAAGGAGACUCUGGAGAAGAGAGUUUCUAUUCUGAAGGAGUGCCUGACGAGUGUUUGGCGCCAAUUGAAAGUGAUUUUGAUGACAAAGAAGACAUAGGCCCUGCAGCAAAACAGGCUGCCCCUUCUUUUGAGGGCCCAAGCACUCCUGCUAAAGAGCUGCUCAGUCUCCCACUAAGAGGGCAGCAUCAUGGACAGUUACUUACCAGGACACAAUCGCUUCCACAUGAUAAAACACGAUCAAGAUCCCGAUCAACAUCAAAGCGUCAUAAACGGGUGCGACCCAGAUCACAGUCGCCUCCACGUAGUACAGCACGAUCAAGAUCCCAAUCAACAUCAAGGCAUAAAAAACGGGUGCGGACCAGGUCACAGUCGCCUCCACAUGGCAGAGCACGAUCAAGAUCCCGAUCAACAUCACGGCGUCACAAACAGGUGCGGACCAGAUUACACUUGCCUCAACGUGGCAGGACACGAUCAAGACCCCGAUCAACAUCCCAACCAAGAGCCACAUCCAGUUCUGAUGGUUCACCUUCAUAUUCUUGGAGUCGUUCAAGGAGCCGAUCCACAUCCUCAGGGUCUUCAUAUGUAUCUGCAUCUAGGUCCAAAUUCCCAUGUCUGCCUGCAGCCUCAACCAAGUCAUGGAACACAGAAAGCAAGCGAGACACUGGUCCAGUGCCAAUGAGCUUUGUCCCAGCAAGAACACCAGGACACAAGCUUAAGGGCCUCAAAAAAUGCACCCCCCUGGACCUUUUCAAACUGUUUAUCAGUGAUGAAGCAGCUGAAACUGUGUGCAAAAAUACCAACAAACACGCUGCAAAAAACAUUGCAUGUGGGAAAAAGUAUUCCUGGACAAAACUAACAGUUGAGGAGUUCUUCAAAUUUUUGGGAUUGACCUUUUUUUUUGCUUUGGUGAAACUGACAAGUCUUAGUGACUACUGGAGAAAAGACACGAUUUUCAGCCAACAUUUUCCACCCACUGUGAUGUCACGUGACAGGUAUCUGGUCAUAUCAUGGAACAUUCACAUGAGUGAUCCUGAUGAAGAUGUAGAGAAUGACAAAAAGAAAGGGACACCAGACUAUGACCGCCUGUUUCGAUUGAAGCCCCUCAUUGAUACCAUAAGACAAGCAUGCAAUAAAUUUUACCACCCCCGACAAAACCUUUCAAUUGAUGAGAGGGUGGUGGCAACAAAGGCCCACACUGGUAUGACCCAGUACACAAAGGCAAAGCCGCAAAGGUGGGGCUUCAAGCUUUUUGUUCUGGCUGACAGCAGCAAUGGCUACACCCUGGACUAUGAUGUGUACAGUGGCAAGUCAAAGUUUUCGUCAGACGAAGGACUAGCUUAUGAUACAGUCAUGUCCUUUAUAAACCGAGCAAAGCUGGGUAGUGGUUAUAAUCUGUAUGUGGACAACUUUUAUACAAGUCCAAAGCUGUUCAAAGAUCUGUAUAAAAUGAAAAUUGGAGCCUGUGGUACGUAUAGAGACAAUAGGAAAGGAUGCCCCCGUACGACAAGAAACGCCUUAACAAAGAAUUCUCCUAGGGGCUCCAUCAGGUGGAUCCGUGAGGACCCUCUGGUUUAUGUGAAGUGGAUGGACACUCGUGAAAUUUCUGUCUGCUCAACAAUACACGAGGCAUUCUCCGGACACACGGUACAGAGGAGAGUGAAUGGUCAGAAUGACAGUGUUCCAUGCCCAAGCCCUAUCAAGGAUUAUAACAAGAACAGGGGAGGUGUUGACCUUUCAGACCAGCUUAUUCACUAUUACUCAGUCCACCACAAAACAGUGCGGUGGUACAGGACACUCUUUUAUCAUUUUUUGGACAUUGCUGCAACAAACAGUUACAUCCUUUACAAGGAGUACUGUCAGGAGAAGAAGAAACAGCCAAAGACUCACAGGGCCUAUCUGGAGAAACUGACAGCCCAGCUUUGUGGUGUCUCAGUCGAUGUCCCUGCACCCAGAAAACAAAACGACCAUGUACCUGUGCCAACCUCAGAACAAGUCGAGACCAGCAAGAGGGCCUCAUAUGGACGAAAGUCCUGCGUGCACUGUAGGCAGACCAAAAAGACCAUUCAGUCCACUCCCUGGAAAUGCAAAGCCUGUGAUGUGGCUCUCUGUAUCAUUGCAAACAGGAACUGCUUUGAGGCAUGGCAUAAAUAAAUCUAACCAACAAACAGGAGGACUUUUUUGUAAACAUGUAGCCAUUUUGAAACGAUGUCUACAUCAAUCUAGAGAUUGAUCCUUGGAUAUAGGCUUUCUUUUUGUGCAACCAGUCCUGCUGCUUAGACUUGUUCUUGACUUUUAAAGGCUUUAGACCCUGAUUUGAGGUUUUCCUCAAAUCAACCUAUGUGCCUGCAGUACUAGCAGCCAAACUACAGCAGUCUGGAUGCACUUUAGCCUCAGCUGCUAUAGACCAGACUGACUUGUACACAAUAUACAGGUGAUUGCCUGGGGUGAUAUGUUUAAGAGGAGUGCUGCCUCACACCAAACAGCAGAAACUGUAUAUGAAAAUAUGUAGUGUGAGAAUCUAUUUUAGUGAAGUAGGCAUAACCUUUAUACUACCUCUUUAUAAACAUUACUUGGGCCCUUGUGUAAUUAUAUGUUAUGGAUGUAGUCAAAGUAGGUAACAAUAGUUUAUGUCUCAAAUUUAGUCAUUUAUAUUGAUGUCAUUUAAUCACAAGAGAGUUAUAGUUGGGCUUGCUAUAAGUGACCAAAUUGAGGACCCCACCAAACUUAAGGAGAGGAUGACACACUGUAUUCUGGAUUUGAUAACUCUGAAAAAGAUGUGAGCUGGACAUAAGAGGCCAUAUGCAAGAUGUGCAGAUACUAGGUUGGUGUCAGUUUUUAAUGCAAAACCUUUGUGCCUGGUCAGAAGAUUUCUUGUUAAGAGUCCAACUUUAGUUCUCUGAGGAUCUCUUUAUCAGAACAAAAUAGUUUUUCUAAAAAACAACAAAAAAAAAAACACCCCUACAUGUAUCUGUAGAAUUGAAUGUGUGACAAAUCAAUUCUGCUAUUAGAGGUGAUGCCAGCCCCAGCUAGUCACAGAAUGUUUAUUUUUUCACAUUUUGUUCUCAAAAGAGAUGGCAGAACAAGUUUUUGCAAAAGUCUUAAUCAUUAUUGUUUGCUGAGUUUUAUAAAUAAAGAUCUUUUGAGAUUCAUAGCUGCUAUAUGUUUUUCUUUUGUCUUUAAAGUCCCAUACGUUUGUUUAAAUUCAAGUGACAUCACUUCAGCACACAUAUUCUUGAAGGUGGAGAAAAAUGACUGUGUAUCAGUGUUGAUGUUUAGCAUGCUGUUUUAAACAAUAAAUCUAGGUGAGACAGAAUGUAUUGAAAAAUAGUUUGGGGCUUGAAGGGUUACGAUUGGAUAAUGGUGGCACGACUUUUGCACAUUUACAAAUAAAUGGCAUUUUUAUGCUAGUGAAUAAAAAAUAAUGCAUCCUUGACAUUAAGUUAGUC